AUGGACUUGGACUGGUGUCUCACUUGCUCCCAACAUACUUCGGUAGACCUCGCGACAGCACCAGAAACAUCGUUGUCAUCUUCAACAACCACCGCUCCAUCAUACACACUGCACACAACUCCAUUAUUCUCGCUCCCAACGACAACUAGUGCUGCUAAUCUCUUGAGUACAAUAAACUCUAAAUCCACGGAAACUAUCAAUAACAAUAAUAAACGAUUUCCGAAAAAAAAGCCUUCGAUAACUUCAUGCAAUGGUGGUAAUAACAACAAUAAUGCUCCUUGGACCUCAAAAUUCCAGCAUCAUCGUCGCAAGUAUUAUCGACCGGUUCAACGAUUGUCUGUGAUGAUAUAA